AUGCCGCGCCAUGCGAACGUAUCGUACGGUUCUGUCGUCGGGUUGCGGCUUCCUAUCGAUCAAUUCCGGGGGUACUCCUCCAACAUCCAGCGACAGCUACAGAAAGCGAACGCGUACGUCGAGUCCGCGGAUGUCCUGCGGGACAGACGUGUUCCAUCUUCGCGUCAAUACCACCUCCAGGUGUUACGGCAAGAGGCCGUAAGGCGACUGAAGAUCGUCCGCGCCUCGUCCUGCGUGUGUCCCGAAGACGUGGACCUGUACAAGAACCUCGCCAAGUCCUACUUCAUCGCCGCAUUUGACGCUGCGGUCCAGGAUAGCACCCCACAUCCGCCCCUUCUCCUCAGAACACGAGCCGAACAAGAUAGUAGCCCUUCCUUCCCGUGGUGGCCUCAGGUUCACCCCGCGCCGGCGUUCGGCUGGGCGCUCACGCCGUCCGCCGUCCCGGUCUGGGGGUGGACUCCGCCGGCUACGAAGCCUGCGUUUGGCAUGUUCGCACCUCCGACGGGAGCUCGACACUUGGGCCGGUUCACAUGA